GUUAGAGCUCAAGGUCAACUGUCUUACAAAGGCGUUGUUACAUUUUAUAAUGAAAGCAGAAGAUGUCAAACAAUGUGCUUUCAACUCGUGGUAUCAUACUUUCAAAAAUUAUACACAAGAAAGUGUAUUUGUUGACCUUCCAGAAGAUCUUAUAAACUCUCUAACAAAUGAUGAGUUUAUUCUACCAAAAAGUGCGAAAGAAACAAGGUAUCCAUCGGAUUCAAGCGAUGAGGACUGGUCAGACUGUGCUGGUAAUGAUGAAAAUGAUGAUGGCGUUCGUACAGAGAGACCUGAAUUUCCCCAGUUCGAAUCUCAUUUGAAAAAUAUCAUCCAGAAGUUAGGCGGUGUUGUAUUUCCUAAAUUGAAUUGGAGCGCUCCGAGUGAUGCAUCUUGGAUGUCAUGUGACAAUUCACUAAGGUGUAGAACAUUUUCAGAUAUCUAUUUACUCCUCAAAUCAUCAGAUUUUGCUGCACAUGACUUAACUGCUCCUUAUGCUUUGUGUGCAGACACAACAGUUGAAGAAGCCUGUUGCCUUUUCACUUCUAAACCGAUUCUUGUUCUCCGGAAGUGGUAUGAUUUUCGUCCAGAAGGGGAAUUCCGGUGUUUUGUGAAAUCGAAAGUCCUCAUAGGUAUAUGUCAACGAAAAUGUGAUGCAUACUUCAAGUCGAUAGAAGACCACCAAGAUGAAAUUAAGAAUGAUCUUAUAGAAUUCUUUAAUCGAAAAAUUAAAAAUCACUUCAAAUUGGAUAAUUACACAGUUGAUCUAUACAGGGAACAAUCGGUAUGUGUGCGUGUGUGUGUUGACCUACUUACUCAUUGAUUAUAAUUCUUGAUUUCUCCUUGUUCAAAUUAGAAAAGUGGUCAAGUGCAUAUUGAAAUAAUCGAUUUUAAUGUAUUCGGUCCACCAACUGAUUCACUUCUAUUCCAAUGGUCUGAAUUUGACAACGAUAUGCAUGAAAAAGAUACCACUCCUACAUUUCGCUACCAAAAUGACAAGACAAUUCGUCCAAAUACAACCAACCAGUAUAGUUUACCAAUUGACCUAAUCGAUAUCGCUUCAGGAUCUGAUCCAAAUAAGAUAAUAGAUUUCAUUCAAGCUAAGGUUGAAAGCCAACAAAGAACAUAAAAAUGAGUGUAUAUACAUGUGGGAUCUCUUGUUAUCAGAAAUAUUGAUUGAUUGAAGAAAAUAGAAUUUUUUUUACCAAAGACGAGUUGAUGCUUAUUUUUUCUUCUUCUUAGCAGCAGCAGUAGCACUGGUAGUCGUCGUCGUUGUCUUGCGUUUUUGCUUUUUAGCAGCAGCAGACGACGAUGAAUGUAUUGCAGCGUAUUUCUCUGCAAUCUUAUCUAGAAAAUUCUCUGACGACUGUAAUGCAUUCGCAUGUCGACUUUGAAUCGCCUUGGCCAGUGAAUCUAAGCCGUCAUCAUCGUUACUCUUCUUGAGUUUCUUAUUCUUAUUAUUCUUCUGUUGUUUCUCAAACAACUUCUUUUCCUGUAAGGCUCUCUUCGCUCUUUUUGCUGCCUUCUCCGGUGGUUCAUGUGUAUAAUUCUUGAAAGCUUUAAUUCUCUGAUCAGAGAUCAGUUUGUCAAUGAGGCUACGGAUUCUCGGUUCAUCUUCAUAAUUUACCAGUAUUAAGGAUUCCAUUAUAGUAUCCAUAUCUCCUUUAGAACUAUUGUAAAUUUUGAUCAACUCCUCAGUUUCUUCUUCACUUCCCACAUACUUCUGACGAUACUCAUCAAUCUGUGUGGGUGUUAUUCUAGGGAACAAAAGUCGCCAAUAAUCCAACCAAUCAUCAUAGGAUUUGCCAGCAAUCUCAUCUUCUUCAUCGAUUACACCUUGAAAAAAAAAGAAAUUAACGAUAAUAAAAAUCAGCUGGGAAGGGAACUAAC